UUGGUCGCCGGCAGACUGCGGCGCGCGCGCACUUCACUCGCUCCUCCAGUCGCGAUCGUUGUGCCUCGAUCUCCGCUAUCUCGAGUGUUGUAGUUGUUAUCAUUAAGCAUCUAUGUUGUGCGUAUCUUAUAAACUGCUGGACGUUUGAGAUGCCGAAUUUUGAUGGAGAGUUUGCGAGUUGCCUGGACUGAGGAAUAUGAAGUGGCUAUGUCCUGUCAUCAUUUUUAGCUUCAUUCUCUUUGAGACCUUUCCAGGAUACCAGAUUGAAAACGAGGUGACAGCACACCAUGAAGACCAAAUGAUUUAUACUGAAGACAGUGACGAUUUAGAUUAUUUUGUUAAACAUAAAAAAGGUUCACAUUUAAAGGGGUCUGCAUAUUCUUCGUGGGGUCGUUGGAGUCCGUGCCAGGGCGGGCAUAGGACCCGUCGGCGACACUGCUUACGUCGGCACAUAUGCGGCGACUCGCUCCGCAUAGAAAUCGCAAGGUGCAAAGAAAGAAAACAUCGUCCACGUGAAAAUUCGUUACCAGAAGCGCUAACAGAAAGAAAUGUUACAAUACAAGUACGACAGCUGAAGGCCGAGGAUGUGCAGAAGAGGUUCCGAGGAUUCUCGCAGUGGAGCUCGUGGAGCGCCUGUUCUAGAAAAUGUACUACGGUACGACGGAGGCACUGUUUACGACGAGCGAUAUGCGGUCGACAGGUGAUAAGGCAGUCAGCUUAUUGCUACAUGGAAGGCAGUUACUGCCACCACUGGAUUCGGAACAGGAUGCAGAGGAGAAAGGACCCAGGUUAUUUAGGGUAUGCAACAUCGGAGUAUAUGGCGUCGACUCCAGCGCCUGCGAUACAUCCUCAGGACUCUAGGGCAAGUCCACCAACACCUCCUUGUGGGAGAGUAGGUCGGUAUCGGGGCUCUGCGUCUGCGCGCCUUCGACAGCGCAUGCGUGACAUGGUGCGCAUCAUAGGUGGACGGCCUGCGCCACCUGGCAAGUGGGCCUGGCAAGUUGCUGUGCUCAAUCGAUAUAAGGAAGCAUUCUGCGGCGGCACCCUCGUCUCACUCCGUUGGGUUGUGACGGCGGCACAUUGCGUGCGCAAACGCUUGUACGUGCGGUUGGGCGAGCACGACCUGCUACUCAGGAACCGCGGCGAGGUGGAGAUGAAGGUCACGGAAGCCGUCAUACAUCCUCGCUAUGACCCUGACACGGUCGUCAACGAUGUCGCUAUGUUACGAUUACCGGAGCCUGCUCGGCCGGACUUAGGCCAUGGCGUGGCAUGUCUGCCGGCACCCCAUCAACCACUGCCGCCCCAUACUUCCUGCGUUAUAUUGGGAUGGGGUAAGAAAAGGCCUACUGACGUUCAUGGGACCAGAGUAUUACAUGAAGCGCAGGUAUCAACAAUACAACAGGGAGUGUGCCGCCGUUCAUACUGGCAGUACGCCAUAACUGAUGACAUGGUUUGUGCGGGGCGAGGACGUAGAGACUCCUGCGCCGGCGACUCAGGGGGACCGCUACUCUGCAGGGACCGUACCAUGAGAUAUUUCUUACAGGGUAUCACGAGCUUCGGUGAUGGUUGCGGUAAGAGGGGCAAAUACGGAAUUUACACACGGACCGCAGGCUACGUGUCGUGGAUGCGUGACGUCAUGAACAAGAAGUAUUUCGACUGAAACCGCAAAUGGUUCAAAACCCUUGCUUUUGGCAGAGUUGUGGUUACCAGGGCCUAUUUGCAGUAAUUACGGCUUUCCCCAAAUUGUUUUUUUUUUUACCGAUUUAUAAUUGAUGUGAUGUUCAAACUUAUACAGCAUUUAUAUAAUUUAAAGUUACAGAGUUUUUUAUAUAGUUUCUAUGUAUGUAUGAGUGAAAUACUCAUGGUUUUCCAAAUAAGUAUACAAUACCUGUCUUCACUAGCUUUUUUACGAACACGAAGAAAUGAAAAGCGAUAUCAACCGAGCAAUUAAUGAAGCUCUAUCUUUAAUGUCAACUUUAAUCGAGUUUCCAUUAAUAUUAUUCAAGACGGAAAAUAAUUGUAAUCUUCACAUAUAACCUCCAUUAAAACAGAUCAAGUUCAAGGUUACGUUCGUACCUUCACCUAAAAGGUCAAUUUAUAGCUCCCUGUAAUACCUAAACCUAAUUUUAUUGACGAUACAUACAUAAUAACAUUUCGAAAGCGAAUGUAUCCUACUAAUGUAACGUUAUCGAAUUUAGGUAACAGACCAUUUGCUUUUAUGACUUCAUAUUAAGGUUAUAUAUUUGUAUUAUAACUUUCGUGAAACAAACUAAAUGAUCUUUUAUAUAUUUUGGCUUACUUACGUAAGUACCUAAGCACAUGAAUGUUGCCGCUUCUUGUGUCGCGGAGUGCUGCUCAUGAAUAUGAGCCUCUAGUACGGCUUGGAACUAGUCGAGUUCCUCGUCAAAUAAUUAUGUGAGCAAGCACGUGUUAGUAUGUCUCACGAAUGGUAUAAUAGAAAUAUGAACACUCUGAUGGAAAUAUCAGGCUUCUCACUUUUUUGUUAAUAAUUUCCAUGUUCUGAUAAUUUUACACAAAACAACAUUAUGUAUACUAACCAAAGUUCAUGAAACUACAGUUUUAAGCACCGUUUAAAUAUUAUUAAGAAACUUUGCAAAACAAAUUAGAGUUAAAAUUAACUUGAUAUACUUAUAAGACAUCUCUGAAAUUAUAUGUAAAUACAAAAUUAAUUUGAAUUUUAUUCACGAUUUUAUUAGAAUAUUUAAAUAUGUUGUGUGAGCACUUUGCAAAGUUUUUUGUUUUUAAUUUUUUUUUUGUUUUAAUAUAAGUAAACGUAAGUGAUAAUGAUAAAUAAAGUCUCUCUAAGUUUUGUA